CUCACGUCAGUUCCGGGACUCGUCUGUGACGACCACGGCAGCAGCUGCUAAGCUGCGCACUCGGGUUUCCAGACGGGUCGUUUUUUGACGCCGGGUCUUCAGCAUGGCUGCCCCCACGCCUGAGAGCCUGGAGAGCGACACACCGUCGGCUUGCUAACGGUUCCUGGCGUCUGUGCUCUUCUUGUCUUUCCCGGGCUCCUCCAGCGGACAUGUUCGCCAAGACCUUUCGGGUCAAGUCCAGCACGGCCAUCAAGGGGUCGGACAGGAGAAAGCUUCGGGCAGAUGUGACAGUUGCUUUUCCCACCCUUGGAACAGAUCAGGUCUCUAAGUUAAUACCUGGAAAGGAGGAGCUAAACGUUGUGAAGUUGUAUGCUCACAAAGGGGAUGCAGUGACUGUGUACAUGAGUGGUGGUAACCCCAUCUUAUUUGAACUGGAGAAAAAUCUAUAUCCAACAGUGUACACACUGUGGUCCUAUCCUGAUCUUCUACCAGCCUUUACAACAUGGCCUCUUGUACUCGAAAAACUGGUGAGGGGAGCAGAUUUGAUGCUGCCAGGACUAGUGGUGCCCCCUGCUGGUCUGCCUCAGGUACAGAAAGGUGACCUCUGUGCCAUUGCCUUGGUGGGGAACAGAGCUCCUGUAGCAGUUGCCGUGGCCGCCAUGUCCACAGCUCAGAUGCUGACUUCAGGCCUGAAGGGAAGGGGCUUCUCUGUGCUCCACACAUACCAGGACCACUUGUGGCACUCUGGAGACAAGUCCUCCCCACCUGCCAUUGCCCCACUGGCAGUGGAUUCCACAGAUCUCAAUGAAGAGAAGGUGGACCUUGCUCUGCAUGGAGACCUGAGAAGCCUAUCUCUAGAGGGAAAGGAGGAGAAUGGGAAGGUUCAUCAGGUGUUUGGGGAGCACAGCUUUCCAGAAGCCUCUGAAGAUACUAGCUCCAGGGCCGUGAGCCAGGAUUCUUUGGACAGCAAGCCACUUCAAGAGCAAAUGGAUGAACUACUACAGCAGUGCUUUCUGCAUGCUUUGAAGAGUCGAGUGAAAAAGGCUGACCUUCCUUUGCUCACCAGCACUCUCCUUGGCAGCCACAUGUUCUCCUGCUGGUACAGAAUGCACUGCUAUGGCCCCGAAGGACAACAAUUAGAUAUAAAGAAAUCAAGCUAUAAAAAGCUUUCUAAGUUCCUGCAGCACAUGCAGCAGGAACAAAUUGUCCAGGUGAAGGAGCUGAACAAAGGAGUAGAGAGCAUUGUGGCUGUGAACUGGAAGCACCCUAGGAUCACAUCUUUCAUCAUCCCUGAGCCUUCCCCAACCUCCCAGACUAUCCAGGAGGGUAGCAGGGAACAACCCUAUCACCCUCCAGAUAUAAAAUUCUUCUACUGUGUCCCAGCCAACAUGACCCAGCUCUUCCAGGAGUCUGGCCACAAGAAGGGAAGCACCCUUGAGGGCAGUGAGGUCAGAGUGAUCAUCAUUGACUAUGUCAAGAGAAACAAUCUGGUUGAUGCCAACAACAAAAAUCUAGUGAAAUUGGAUCCUGUCUUAUGUGAUUGCAUCUUAGAGAAAAAUGAACAGCACACUGUCAUGAAGCUGCCUUGGGAUAAUCUCCUGACCAGAUGUUUAGAAAAUCUGCAGCCUGCCUACCAAGUGACAUUUCCUGGACAGGAGCCCAUUGUGAAGAAAGGGAAAAUUUGCCCAAUUGACAUCACGCUCGAACAAAGGACUUAUAAUAAAAAGGUGACUGUGGUCCGGAACUUGGAGACCUAUGGUCUAGAUCCAUGCUCAGUGGCUGACAUUCUCCAGCAGCGAUGCCAGGCCAGCACCAUUGUCACUCCUGCCCCCGGGGCCAAAGAUAGUCUGCAGGUGCAGAUCCAAGGAAACCAGAUCCACCACCUUGGCCAGCUAUUGCUUGAAGAUUAUCGACUCCCUCGAAAACACAUCCAAGGCCUAGAAAAGGCCCCCAAACCUGGCAAGAAGAAGUGACACUCAUUUCAUGCAGUGGAUUCCAUGGAAACCCAGGGUCUGAGCCGGUAAUUUAUAUGAGCAUUUUUAGCUUUUGCAAAUAAAAAAUGUAAUUCUUUACCACAA